GUAUCAACAAGAACGAACACUAGUGGGACUGACUCGCGCGCCUCCGAGCCUCCUGACUCGCAUAAGCAGCGGUUGUAUGUCGUCGUGCUGCGCGUGCAACGGUCGUGUUGUUGCCGCCGUCGCCGCUACGCUUGUGCAGUGACAACUACGCGUACGUGUUGAUUGUCAACGGUGAAACGCAUUGGCAACAGAUUCCCAGGGACCGCCUCUCUUCGCCUCUUCUUCUCUUUUCUCUUCGCCGCCUCCAGCGAAAGAGGAAGAAGGUUCACAGGUUGGUCCUGGUAACCGAGGACACCUAAGGAGGAGUCGCUUGGUUCUUCACCCCUCGGUAGCAUCCCGACAAGUCGCUUUGGAUGGCUGCCAGCAACCCACAGGGCGACUCGCGACGAUGUUGGCGCAACUCCAAGUGCGCCCAGUGGUUUCCAGCUACCUGCGCUGCCCUGAAGCUCUUGCCGUUCCCGUUCACGCUUCCAUCGCGCCCAACCAGUGGGAAAGUGCGUCGGGGGUGCGAAAAUAUUAGGGGAUGAACGACCCUGCUCGCAAUCUCGUCGAAGCGCGGUGUCUGUCGCGUUGCGUGGCCGUGUGUGUCUCGAGGGAACCUCCGGGGAAUAGUGUUGUUCACGUUUACAGAAGUGCGCGGUGUUUAACCGGUUCACGCUGUCGAAUACUCGGCCAGUCGUACGAGUUGCUCCGAAAGGGAACGCGCGCGAAUCGUAUCCCGCGAUCCCAGGAAACGGAGUAACAUUGUCGCGUAGCGCGUUCAGUGAAGUACACGCGACAUUUGACCGGUGAUAUCGGUGCGAGAAGUAACGGUGAGUGAGAGAAGUGUAACCACGUCGAAAUUUCACGACAAGGAGGAAGUCGCUAGAUGCAAGGGUUUUAAAAGUAGUUCCAGAAGGCCAGCCCGACGCAAUGCGUCGACGCUGCUGACGCAACGCGCCUGGAUGCGUCUCACUUUAAGCACGUUACCACAGCUUGCCGUUUUAGCGAAGAUUUUGUGCCUCCUGAUGGUGGUGAUGUGCGGGGCGGUGCCGGCAAUGGUGCGCUCCGUGAGUCUCUACUCAACUUGUAGCAGCGGCAAUGUUACCGUAAUUGGCCGCUCAAUCAAGGCCAUGGGACGCGACGAUCACAAUGCACCCUACCAAAAACUUACGACGCAGUCCGAAGAUUUCAGUGGGAAGAUAUACAUCUUCGCUGAAAAGAGUCAACGAUACAUUUGCUUUAACAAGCAGUGGAAACUUGUCGGCCUGACUAAGAAGCAAAAGGGUCUCAUGUGCCAGUUCUACGAGCUCUACAACGGAUCCUAUCUGAGGUACAGAAGCGCGGCGGACAGCUCGCGGUAUUUAGGCUUCAACAAGUUUGGCAAGCCGAUGAAGAAUCUCCGCGGUCGGCAGGAGUGCUUUAACUUCAUCAAGUAUAACCCCCAUGCCGACAUAAACCACCAUAACAGCCUGGUGAACGCGGACAUGGGCGGUGUGGAUCCACGGGAUCCGUACUUUGGAUCGAAGAAGUCCUCGCCGGUGAUGAGGGCCACGAAGAACUCCCUGUUGCAGGUCGACAGUACGAGGGAGAUCAUCCAUACGACGCAUCGUUAUCGGCAUUCGAAUCGUUGGAAGAUGCGCCAGGAAGGGAAGGUCUCCGCGCCACGAAGACGACACGAUAGCCGUCUGUUCGUCGAGACCAGCAAGUAUUGAGCCGCGUAUUGGCUCGCCGAUCAAGACUGCCUCCUCCAUACCUGUGAGAACCUGAGAUCAGACUGCCAAAUACGCUGGUAGAACGUACGGUCUGGAUAUCAGGAACCCACAAAAUGCGGCAUCACCUGAAACGCGGCUCGAAGCACGCGCCUCGAUUGAUCGCAACGAAUAAAGCUGGCUCGCCUUUACGUCUCCUGCUAGCUCGAGUACAUUCCUCCAACCGACGGCGAUUCGCUAGAAGGUAAACAACGAACACGUACCGCGGGAAAGGGUGUACGAACUCGCAGGACGAUAGUCUCACCGGAUAUAUAGCUUUCGUUACGCGUCAUUAGAUUCUAUUUCACACUUGCCCCGACUGAAUCCUUUCAGGCAAGUACGAUAAUCAUUAUUUCCCUUUCGUUCCAUCGCUAAAAUUUUUCUACGCAUUCGGUUGACAGCGAUUCGUCAUCGAUCAUUUCUCUUUCAUUUUCACACGAUAAUAAAAUGAACGAAAAAGAACAAAAAGAAAAAAAAAAUGAACAGACAACAAGAAUAUACUAAACCGGGGGAAAAGCAGACAGAGCCGCGAGAGAAUGUAAAUUUGUUAGAGACACUAGCGCCAGUUCGUUUAGCGGUGGAAGAAGUAUACGUUGCGCACGCGAUCGGCCUAAAUCGUUGCACAAUCGGACAGCUGUCGUGCUUCUAACGCUGUCACAAAACCGCAAUAGAUGCGCGGAGAGGUGCCGCGAACAGCGCACGCCGACGGAAUCGUUACCUUCGGAUCGAAUUUCGACGCGAAACGGAUAAAUUUAAUCGAAUAACAAAUUUAUUAAUCAACGCGAUUCGUCGCGUUGAGAGAGACGCAAUGGUCGCAGGAUCCAGUCGUGUAGCUCCAAAGUUAACCCCUUGGCCUACAAGUGGUAAUCGUGGUACCACUGGUACCACUGGUAGACUCGGGUCAAACACGAAAAGCACGGUUCAGGCACGUCGUAGGAAAGUGCGGUAAGCGACUCUAUUUCGAAACGGUAGGACAAGGGGUUGAAGCGACGCAACGUGUCCGGUCGUAUUGGUCCGAAGUUAAAGCGAGAAAUUCGUCCGACGCGCAGACUUUUCUAGCGUUGGCGCAUGCGCUGAGCGUCGACUCUUCCGCACGCUCGCGCAGUAGAGCUCGUGCCGCGCAAACUCUCUCGCUCGCUGUGCUAAUUAUGCCGCCUAAUGUAGCGUGUGUGCGUGCAUGCGUGGCUGCCUGCCUGCCUGCCUGCUGCUUGCCUGCCUGCGUGUAUGAAUAUAAUGUGUGCGUGCGUGCGUGCGUGCUUGCGUACGUGCUCGCGACGUACACGCAGUUCUCACUGUCGCGUCGAUAUUGAAGUUCGGGGCGCGGUUGUAUUCAGAAUUGCUAUUUUAUCAACGACUGCUCCACACACCGAAAUAACUUUUUACCCUUCUAUUUAUAUAUAUAGAGAGAAAGAGAGAGAGAGAGAGAGAGAGAAAGAGAGAAAAAAAAGUAAGUACGACAUGCGCAUUAUGAACGUCGUGUGAAAGAACGCAUUGUCGGUUACUUCCAACGCACACACACACACACACACACACACACACACAUACAUACAUACAUA